AUGGACGACGAAGAUGUCGCCAACCGCAAGGUCUCCUUCCGAAAGUGCCUGGAGCACCUCUCCGGGGCCGGCAAGGCCAUCGGAGUGCUGACCAGCGGCGGGGAUGCCCAAGGUAUGAACGCCGCUGUCCGUGCCGUGGUGCGCAUGGGAAUAUACGUGGGGGCCAAAGUGUACUUUAUCUAUGAGGGUUACCAAGGCAUGGUCGAUGGCGGCAGAAACAUUGUUGAAGCCAGUUGGGAGAGCGUCUCGAGCAUUCUCCAAGUGGGAGGGACCAUUAUCGGCAGUGCUCGUUGCAAAGCCUUCCGCACUCGGGAAGGUCGCCUGAGAGCUGCUCAUAACUUGGUUCAGCGGGGCAUCACCAACCUGUGUGUGAUCGGCGGGGACGGAAGUCUCACAGGGGCCAAUAUCUUCCGGAAAGAGUGGAGCGGGCUGUUGGAAGAGCUGGCCCAAAAUGGCGAGAUCGACAAGGAGCAGGUGCAGAAGCACUCGUACCUCAACGUUGUGGGCAUGGUGGGUUCCAUCGACAACGACUUCUGUGGGACUGACAUGACCAUCGGCACCGACUCCGCCUUGCACAGGAUAAUCGAGGUUGUCGAUGCCAUCAUGACCACUGCCCAGAGCCACCAGAGGACCUUUGUUCUCGAGGUUAUGGGGAGACACUGCGGGUACCUCGCCCUGGUGAGCGCCCUGGCCUGUGGAGCAGACUGGGUGUUCCUCCCGGAAUCCCCACCAGAAGAAGGCUGGCAGGAGAAUAUGUGCAUCAAGCUGUCCGAGAACCGUGCCCGGAAAAAAAGACUGAAUAUCAUCAUUGUGGCUGAGGGAGCCAUAGAUACCCAAAAUAAACCUAUUACCUCUGAGCAAAUCAAGGAGCUCGUGGUCAAGCAGCUGGGAUACGACACGCGGGUGACCAUCCUUGGACACGUGCAGAGAGGUGGGACUCCUUCGGCCUUUGACAGGAUUUUGGCCAGUCGCAUGGGGGUGGAGGCCGUGGUCGCUCUUCUCCAGGCCACCCCGGAGACCCCAGCCUGCGUGGUGUCGCUAAGCGGGAACCAGGCUGUGCGCCUGCCACUGGUGGAGUGCGUGCAGAUGACCCAGGACGUGCAGAGGGCCAUGGACGAGAGGAGGUUUAAGGAUGCUGUGCGGCUCCGCGGGAGGAGCUUCGAGAGCAAUCUGAACACCUACAAGAGGCUCGCCAUCAAGUUGCCGGAUGAUCAGAUCGUGAAGAGCAACUGUAACGUGGCCAUCAUCAACGUGGGGGCGCCCGCCGCCGGGAUGAAUGCUGCCGUGCGCUCGGCCGUGCGCGUGGGCAUCGCGGAUGGGCACAAGAUGCUCGCCAUCUACGACGGCUUUGAGGGCUUUGCCAAAGGCCAGAUAAAGGAAAUAGGCUGGGGGGACGUCGGAGGUUGGACUGGCCAAGGAGGCUCCAUUCUCGGGACCAAACGCACGCUGCCUGGGAAGUCUUUGGAGGACAUUGCCGCACAGAUGCGAAAGCACAGCAUCAACGCGCUGUUGAUCGUCGGUGGAUUUGAGGCUUACCUGGGACUGCUCGAGCUGUCAGCUGCCCGGGACAAGUACGAGGAGCUCUGUGUCCCUAUGGUUAUGGUCCCCGCCACGGUCUCCAACAAUGUGCCGGGCUCCGACUUCAGCAUCGGCGCAGAUACCGCUCUGAACACCAUCACUGACACGUGUGACCGCAUCAAACAGUCAGCCAGUGGGACCAAGCGCCGUGUGUUCAUCAUCGAGACCAUGGGGGGCUACUGCGGCUACCUGGCCAACAUGGGGGGGCUCGCCGCUGGAGCCGAUGCUGCCUACAUUUUUGAGGAGCCGUUUGAUAUCCGAGACCUGCAGUCCAACGUGGAGCACCUGACGGAGAAAAUGAAGACCACCAUUCAGAGGGGACUCGUGCUAAGGAACGAGAGCUGCAAUGAGAACUACACCACGGACUUCAUCUACCAGCUGUACUCUGAGGAGGGCAAGGGCGUGUUCGACUGCAGGAAGAAUGUGCUGGGACACAUGCAGCAGGGUGGAGCGCCUUCACCCUUUGAUAGAAACUUCGGAACCAAAAUCUCUGCCAGGGCCAUGCAAUGGAUCAGCACGAAACUGAAGGAGGCUCCGGGCAAAGGAAAAAGAUUUAUGAGCGAUGAUUCCAUCUGCGUGCUGGGAAUAAGCAAGAGAAACCUUCUUUUCCAACCUGUGGCCCAGCUGAGGCAGGAGACAGACUUUGAGCACAGGAUCCCCAAAGAGCAGUGGUGGCUGAAGCUGCGGCCGCUCAUGAAGAUCCUGGCCAAGUACAAGGUCAGCUACGAGGUCUCCGACUCCGACCAGCUGGAGCCCAUGCACCACCGAGGCCACGAGGAGCCUGCCGCCAUCUAGACGCUGCUGGACCCGCCCCGCCCGGCCAGCGCCGCUCCGGACUUCCGUUUACCACCCAUUUUUGUAACACUUAAGUUAUUUAUCGGCACUUUGAUGCGAGUACUGUUGAUGUUAAUGCCUAGUCACAGAGACCCCGUCCUGUGUCCUUCAUCCCCAGGGGACCCUAAGACUCCAGCACGAGCUGUCGGCUGUGUCUCCUACUGUGUCCUGCUUUAAACUGUGCGUAGCCAGUAGAAUUAAACAUUUAGCUCAAACUCC